AUGACCAUUAUUGUUAAAGGACGAAACGAAGUUUUCCUCCAGGAUCACGUGGCGGACGUUAUAGCGCUAUAUGCCGAAGUUGAAAGUGUAAUCUCGCAAAUGCAAAUGGCCCAGUUGCUGCAGGUAUUGGCUGUUCUUUCGAAUACAGUUGAUGAUGAAUCAGUACGAUUGAAACUGUUGCAAAUGGCAGUCAUCCCAUCUAUUGAGCAUAUUCGUAGUAUACAGUGGUCUUUCGAGGGCGUUAUGAUGUUCAUCAAGUUUAACGGUUUUGAUGGGCCACCAGCCCAGUCCAAAGACCAAUUAAGACGAGCUCUUACAUGUGUUCAAGGAGCUGUGCAACAGGUGAACAGGUCGAGCCCCCUGGCAAAUUUGCUUAUCCCAAUUCUUCCAACGUUCUUCAAAUUGAGCAGAUGUCUUAUGGAUUUGCACUCAGAGGAUGCUAAAUUGGCGUUGCACCCAUUCUUACGUGACAACCUCACCAAAAUCGCCCCUUUCGAAAAGCAGCAGAUUUACUGUACUGUUGGAGAAAAUAUCGAACCUGUCACAGGAGGCUUUAGCACAGUAGAGAGCGAUUUUGUUAGUGUUGAACGCCAAUACGUGCACGAUUUGAAUGAACAAAUGAAGUCGGUAUUAUGUGAGUGCCCAAAAGCACGUUAUCAACUUGUCCGAGAAUUUUUCGAAAGAAUCGUUGAAGCUAUGAACAAUCGACUACAGAAUAUAUGGGCAGAGGUGACUCAUAUAGAUUAUGAUUCGGAGCCAACUGAAGAAGAGCUAUUUUUCGAGCAUAUGACUUGUGUUUUAUCUCGCGAGUAUAUUUCAUUCCUUCGUUGUUGCUUUAUUAGCAGCGAUGGAGAGGAAUAUAAGGCAACUACAAUGACGCCAUUGGGGCAGUGGUUGUUCAGUAACAAGAUCGGUCUUCCUUCCGUGAUUAUGACUGCGUUCUCAGCAUUGACUUUUCGUGACUCUGUUCUCGUUUUGAAAGCCGUUACCCUUUGUAAAGUUUUGGCUGAAAAACUAAGCGAUUGCUACGAUGACCAAGUGGGAGUUUAUAUGUUGGUUUGCUCGAUACGAUCACUCCAACUGCAUGGAGCUGAUGAGGUGACCGGUACUCCACUGAUCGGACUCGUCUUUCAUAUCUACUUUGCUUUGCGUCGUUUCUCGGAUUCUCUGCUUCAAGUUCUUAUGCAGGUUCCAAAUCUAACUGCAGAUAUAGUGGAGAGUUUCGACAAUAGAGUGCGAGCUAUGAUAUCGGGCGACGAAGUGAUUUUAGAAAAGCAAAAAAAGGAAAUGGCUCGAAAACUGUUCAAAGGCCUGAUCACGCUUACCAUCGGCGAGCAACACAAAAAACCGGUCUAUCUGCGUCCUCUCCCGCCUAUAGAAAAACGUCGAGGAAAGGUCAAUGAACCUGAUGACUUUGAGAACAUUGCGCUUUUAUUUGCUUAUGAGUAA